CGUGUGUGUGUGUGUGUGUGUAUAGGAAGGUCAGAGAAAGAAGCUUUUCCUGUAGACCGAUAGCAGUCUGCGUGAAAAUGUCAAGCCCCAGAGGACAAACUACAGGAAGUGCUAAUCAUGGGAGCAAAACUUUUACUGGUUUUUGUGAUAUUUCUGUUUUGGGAUGGAUGCCAGGCUCGAUCUGCAGGACAAGAAUUUGCCACUGCAUUUAUGCAAAACUAUGUAUCCCCUUUUGAUUUGCCACUCUUUCAGCUUUAUAUCACCUCUGUGAAUUCUGAUUGCCUGGUGCAGGUCAAUGUGCCAGGUCUUCGAUUCACCCAGGAGGUGCAAAUGAUUGCAGGUCAGAGCAUCACUGUGACCCUCCCCAAAGAAGUCGAGCUGUCUGGUACCAAGAGGUCCCGCAAUACUGCCCUCAUUCAAGCAUCCGAUGACAUAACGGUUUCCUCACUAAACUCGAAACAAUACACGUCGGAUACAUCCCUGGUCUACCCUAUGAGCGAAUGGGGCACUGAAUAUUUUGUGUUCACCCCCACUAACUCCCCUCCAUCCAUGCUGAAGGAGUUUGUGCUUGUCAAUGGUAAAGAGCAGAACACGGUGGAAGUGUUCCUUCGAGCGGCAGUCCGGUUUGAAGGCCGCUUGUAUGGUGUCGGCAGUAAACUAGCUGUGGUGAUGGGUCCUUUAGAAAAUAUACAAAUUCAAAGCCAAGGAGACUUGACAGGAACCCGCAUUUCCUCGCAACUUCCCAUCGCCGUGUACUCGGGCCACAUGUGCACGUGGCGCUUCUCUAAGUGCAAUCACGUUUAUGAGCAACUCCUGCCAGUGCAAAGAUGGGGAACUCACUUCCUGGUGGCUCCGUUUAGCAUCCAGAGCCAGUUUGACAGCGUCUAUAUCCAGGCAUCACAGUCAACGAAUGUAACUGUUCAGUUUGGCCAUACUACAUUAAAUGAUGUACUCCAGCGUGGUAUGAUCAUAGAGUACAAAAUCCAGUUUCCAGAUGGUCUUAACAUCAUUGCUGACAGCGGAAUCCAGGUGUUUUUUCUGUUUAAUGGUAUGCGAACAUCCUAUAAUGUGAUACACGACCCGUUUCUUGUAAAUCUUCUGCCCAACAACAAUUUCUGUUCGUCGUACACACUUGAUGGGAUAGCUGGCUUUGACAACCGAGCCCUCCUGAUUGUUCCGACCAAUGAACAAGCAGGUAUUCUUUUUGAUAGCUUGGCUUUACCUGGAAAAAUUCAGUGGAGGGUCUUCAAAAACAGCGAGUACUCCUGGACAGAGCUGGUUUACCAACCUGGGGCAGGUGGGCACAACGUAAUCCAUGCAAGUGCUUCUUUUGGGGUCUAUAGUGUGGGAAUAGACCAAGGGAAUGGGUACGGCACCCCAGCCCCAUGCAUUGAUCCAGUUGUGCCUCGCUCUCGCUUCAGCAUCGACUUACCCACCAGUGUGAAGAAACCAUUUGGAAUGUGUUGGGCUAUGGGCGACCCUCACUACAGCACAUUUGACCAGCGUUAUUUUGACUUCAUGGGCACUUGCACUUAUGUUGUCACCAGGAACUGUCAGAAAAAUGACAGUCUUCCAGCUUUCGAAGUCCUGGCUAAAAAUGAAAACCGCGGUGACACGAGAGUUUCCUAUGUGGCACUUGUAAUUGUGAAUAUUGGCGGUAUCACCAUCAGAGUUGAAGGUUCUGAUCCCGGAAAAGUCAGGAUUGACCAGAGUGUGUGGAGCCUUCCUGUCAUUUCUUGAUGAUGUUGGCGUAUCCAUGUUCCAGUCUGGCAGCUUCAUCACUAUCCUUUUUUCUUUUGGGCUGAAUGUGCAGUAUGGCUAUAACCACUAUCUCAUGGUCUCAAUGCCCACUGCCUUCAUGAACAAAGUCUGUGGCCUCUGUGGCAACUUUCAAUGGUGAUCCCAAUGAUGAUUUCACAAUGCCUUCGAGCACCCAGGCUUCCUAAUGCGACAAGCGUUUGGCCAGAGUUGGAAAGUUCACAACUUAACAUGGGAUGAGGGCUGUAGAGAUGACAAUAAGGGCCAUGAAUGUGAUGUUCAAGCACUUAAACAAUGGGAGGGUGAAAACUACUGUGGACUCUUAAUGAAGGGGACCAUUCAGUCAGUGUCAUUCUGUUAUUGACCCUGCUAUUUAUAUUCAGAACUGCUUGUAUGAUGUUUGUAUGGC